UGCUCGAUUGUUCUACCCCUGUUCCCACUCUCCCUACCCCCCCCCCGUGUUCUGUGAUUACCGGGACUUCUCAAGUACCACAUCGGUUCAGACUGAUGUCGACGGAACAGGACACCGGGGCACUGCCACGACACAGUGCCAGAAUCACAGUCCGUGCCCGCCUUGCAGUACCUCCAAGACCGAAGAAACUCAGCAGGCGGACGACUCCAGCAGCAUCAAGUACGGCAUUGACGGUACAAGACGCCACCGGAGAUCAUCCYGCAUACCCAGUCCGAGGAGCCAAUGAGCCAGCGGCUGAUUAUCGUGGGCGGCUACUGGCAUUUACGGAAGCCGUAGCUGCCGUCGAGGCCCGGAAGGAGACAGCAGAGGCAGAAAGUCAGCGGCUAGCCAAUGAAGCGGCAGCCGAAGCUCAGCGAACGACUGAGACUGACGCAGAGACACGAGACAGACGGAAUGCCAGCAGCACGGAGUCCUUGAUUGCUUGUGAGCAUCAGUGGACGACGAUACUCCAAGGCAUGAUCUUUGUGCCUACGGAAGCGYAGGCAGACCCGACACCGGCGGAGGCAGAGAGAAGUAACCUGGCUAACUUGCUGCUGGGCAUGAUGAGAGGUAUUAUGUGGAAUAAUACAAUGCUGCAUUCACAUCUGCGCACGGACGCGACGCAGCGACAAACAUACAAGAACGACAUGACUGCGUUAACAACUGCUAUCCGCACAGAGGCAGCGCAGCAGCAGCAACAACAUCAUCUGUUGAAUUCCACUAUCACACGCGUCAACAGCAUAGAGGCUAACGCCUCAGCAGCGCCAGGCUGCACGACAGACGUGACGAAGCAACUCAACGAGCGCAUCGAUCACGUCGUCACCAUCAUCGGCGACAUAGGUGUUUUCAACGGACCGGACACGAUCAGCAGCACGGUGGCCGCCAUCAAGACGAACAUCACCAAGCUACAGACGAGACCGGACGCCGCUACAAAGACAUUCAAGAUGCCACACUUCGACAUCUGCAAGUUCGACGACUACAACAAGUCGGACGCUUUGACAUGGUGGCAACGUUUCCUCACGGAAGCGUCAUGCCGCACUGUCCCGACAAACGACAUGUUGAAGGCACUCUAUUUGCAACUGAUUGGAGGAGCGCAGGCAUGGAUGAACCACCUGGCGGCCACCCACAAGUGCACCAUCGCCGAACUCCACACGCRCAUCACRUGGAAGGAGUUCGAGCAGCUAUGGYUCACCYGGUUCAUGGUCYGCAACGUYGUGAAGGCGGCCAUGAAUGAGGUGUACACAUGCUCUCAGGGAAACAUGCCAACUCGAGACUGGACAACGAAGUGGCAAAAGAUAGUGACCACGCCAGGAUUCGAUUUGAGUUUCUCAAAUCAACGAUCUGAGUUCUUCUCGCGAUCAUGCGCGGGAUUGCGGUCGGCACUCGGUAAUGAGUACGACUAUACCAUAUUCCAGGCCAUUUUGGAUCGAGCGAACUUGGUCAUCCAAACGGACGACAAGGCCGCUAACGAGAGACAAUCCCAGCCGCAUUAUGUGGCUAAGCAGGCCUAUCAACGUCCGACACAUAACAAUGCCGUGAUUUCUGAGGAAACCGACGACCACCACGCUGCAGCAGCAUCCUCGAGUGAUGGAGGAAUUGUCGCAGCGCUCCCGCCGAAGCGUCCCAAGAGAGUUCGAAAGAACAAGGCGACACAAGAGACGGCAGCGACGGGAGUUGGGCAGCCAUGGACGACAUAUAAGAUCACCAAGGAGGUCUAUGACCUACGCCACAAGUACCGCGUGGAGCCCAGCUAUGGCGCCAGUUGUGCAGUUGUGGCAAUGGCAAGGCCAUCUGCACCUGCAAGCGGGUUGUCGAGGGGUGCAAUGGGAAGCGUGACAGAGGACUUCUACGAGGACCCGAAACUCGCAUGGAAGCCGGGAGACCACUACGUGUGGAAUUGGUUGGCGCGCGGGAGUUCAAGGGGGGCGAAAAGCCAUGGCGGGAGGGAGAUGAAGUGCCUCUUGUGUGGAGUUGUGUUCAUUGGCAACCGCGCACGCGGGAUUGAACACUUCACGAAGAAGAGGCAGGGAUCACGGUGCCCGAAUGUAACCGUGGCGAUCUACAGAAGGCUGCGUGCUGCGAAUGUGGAGUUGUCACCUGACGUGGCAGAGAUGUUGUCGCGGGAGGAUAAGGCUGCAACACAAACAGUUCAAGAUCUCCAUCUUCCUGCCAUUUGUGGCGGUGAUGACGUGGGAGGUGGAGCAGAUGUGGAACAGGGUGGAGAGGCAGCGACAAUGGCGGGCGCAACUGCAACAGAGGUCACAAGCAGACCGGCACCUGCGAGGAUACUAAGGCAGACGCCCAUGGUUCGAUAUGUCCGCAAUCCGCGCCAGCGGGAGAUUGAUUUGGCUGCCAUGGACCUCUUCGCACAAAAUGCCAUACCGUUCAAUGCGGCGAAGAGCAGCAAUUGGAAGAAGUUCUGUGAAGUCUGCUUCGGGCCUCAGUCUGCAACUCGUUGUCCGUUGAAGCACGUCCCAUAUGACGCAUUGCGGGAAGAACUUCUGGACUCUAGGAAGGAGACGUACUUGGAGCGAGAGGCUAAACUACAGGUCGACUGGGAGAAAACGGGAUGUACACUCAUCACAGAUGGCACCACAGACAUAUGUGGUCGCCCUAUGUUGAACUACAUCCUCGCGGGGAGAGACAGACCAGUUUUCAUCAAGUGUGAUCAUGUGAAAAGGAAAGACAAGAACUCUGUCGCAAUGCUUCAGUCGUGGAAGAGCUUCCUGAGGGAGAAUAGACAGGAUUCACAGCACGCCGCGAAUGGCAAGACCGUCCUUAAGAGGCCAAAUGCAACAAGAUUUGGGACCAACUUUAUCAUGCUCGAGCGUUUGAAGGAAAAAGAGAAGCAAGUGAAAGACACGGUGAACAGCAUGGAGUGGGAGGAGAUGCAGUGGCCGUACACCAUUCGGGACAAGGCGUAUUUUGUCGAGAGGCUGGUGCAGUCCACACAUUUCUGGAAUGAUAUUCGGAUGGUGUUCGAUUUGAUGGAGGGGGAGUACUCGGUAUUACGGAUGGUUGAUCGUGAUGUGCACUGCAUCUCACGUGUUUACGACGCAGCAGUGGCGUUGAAGAAUUGUGUGCUUGCAGCUCCGUUGAUGGAGGGACAACGUGCUGAAGUGUUGGAGGUCGUGUCAAACAGGACGGACCAGCUCCUUAGUCCUGUGCAUGCAGUUGCCAGACUGCUUGACCCCAUGUUGCGCGACAGAGGAGUGUUUAGCGAUCCGACGUUGAUGACCCAAUUUCGGGGUGUUGUUGAGCAUCUUGUGGGUGGUCAGGGGACACCGCAAUACCAGGAGUGUAUUGAUUCCUUGUAUGCAUUCCAAAGGGAGCAAGGAAUCUUCGGAGAUCCAGAGGUGCAGCGUCGUGGGAGGAUGGACAGUGCAUUGGAUUGGUGGGAGGAUCACGGGAGGGGACACCCAGCUUUGCAGCGAUUGGCACUACGAGUUCUCAGCAUGUGGACAGCCUCCUCCCCGGCUGAGAGGAAUUGGAGCUCAUGGGCCCUCGUGCACACCAAAGAUCGCAACAAGCUGGAGCACGAGAGAGUGGAGAAAUUGGUGUACGUCCAUUGGAACCUCCGAUAUGAAGGAAGGGUGCAGGGCACGACGACGAAUAACAGUGGCUGAUUGGGCUUGACGAAUAUUGAGACAGAUGCAGGCGAUGAGGACGACGGAGCUGCUGCAGCGGAUGAAUGCGCAGAUGGAACACUAACGGGGUCAGCAAUUGGAUCU